AUGACGGCAUAUUAUUCUGUCUGGAGCCUUAGCCGGGAGUUGCCCGUUGCCCUCCGUCACCACGAGGAGGUGCAGAGCCUGAGAGGGGACUCGAAUGAAGUGAAGUCCCCAGAGCUGGAAAAGCAAGUUCUUGAGUUAUGGGACAAGAUUUAUGAGGAGUAUGAGGGCUAUGUUGGCAUGAAGGAAGGCUAUCCAAGGUUUCAGUGGGGAGAGAUCUCAAGUACUGCUCAGAAGAUUCCAAUCUCAGAGGUGAUGAACGUGACAAACAUGGUGCAAUUUGUGAAGAACAAUGUGGACAUGGUCAAGUCCAUUUUGAAGAACUUGUGGGCUAUGGUGGUGGAAAAUGUGAACCUUGCAUUCAAUACCUUUUCCUCUGUGGUCAACCUGGUCUUUGGUGGUGGUAAUGCCAUUCUCAACUUCUUCAUUGACCUGGUCAUAUUUUGCAGUUCACUCUUUUAUCUUCUCAGCUCUAGUGGAACUUUGUACAAGCCCGUGGAGCUUGUCGCUUCCUUCUCGCUCAGUAGUUCCAGCAUCAAAUUUGGUGUGGCGAUGCGGAAUGCCAUCUCAGGUGUGUUUCUGGUUACCUUCAAAGUUGCCCUGUUCCAUGGACUUUGGACAUGGGUCAUGCAUGAAUUAUUCCACCUUCGACUCAUCUUCAUCCCAUCUGGCAAGCAUCUGCUGAAUUCCUUGCUGGCAGCUGUGUUGGCUGCUGUUCCCUUCCUUGAGACCUACUGGGCAGCCAUCCCUGGUGUGAUUGAGUUAUGGGCUGUGAAUGGGCGUUGCUCAUCUGCUAUCUUCCUCGUUGUCUUUCAACUGCUCCCCUCAUAUUUUGUGAACGACACCCUGUAUGGUGGCAUAGAAGGGUAAGCCCA